AUGGAUUGGCGAUGGGUGGAUGAUGUUUUGGAGCGAUGGUCCAAGAUAAGGGAGUGUGGGGGCGAAGCGGUGAGCAUUGGAGCCGAGGAGCAAGGGGUAGAGGCACCGUUUGGGGAAGUGAAUGUGGGGGAGGAGGUGGAGGACGAGGUGGAGGACGAGGUGGGGGAGGGCGAAGAGGACGUGGUAGGAGUCGAGCUUAAGAUGGCCAAGGCGAUGUACGAUGCUAUAGUCACACGCUACUCGUCCCCGUCGUCUGCCACUGUAGACCACCCCACGAAUAUCACCCUCAACACGUUCAAGUCCCGUCUCUUGGAGGCAGAGUCUGCUGCCCUAGCUGUCGCUGCCUUCCAUGGCACUCCCCACCCCUCUGUCUUUGAGGGGUGCUCCCCCUCCCUGCUAGCGUGGUCUGUUACCUCUGCUGCUGCUGUUGACCUCUUCGGUGCUGAAGAGGUCGGAGCUGCUUCUGCUCCUAGUGGGAAGCGCCGCAGCGGCAAGGGCAAGGGUGGCAAGGGUGGGGGUGGCGGGGGUGGCGGGGGCAGCGGGGGUAGUGGCGGUGGCGGUGGUGGGGGAGGAGGAGGUGGAGGUGGCAGGGGAGGAGGAGGGGGUGGAGGGAGCAGUGGGGGUGGUGGCGGGGGUGGGGUUGGCACUAGGGGUGCUACAGGAGGGGGUGGAGCUAGAGGCUCGACUACACGCACUGCUACGUCUAGUGGUGCAGCCGGUGGUGGAGGCGGCUCUGGGGGUGGACAGCUGCAGCUCUCGCCGCAGCAACUUCAGUUUCUAGGGUAG